UUAAUGCAUACCCAGCCUUCAACUCUUCAUGGUGUAUUGUUUAAUAUAAAGAAUUCAAGCAUGUUAUGACUCUUGUAUUGAAUUGACUAUUUUAUUGUGAACUUGAACUAUUAUUUAUAUAAUUAGUUUGGUAUACCUAUGCCUCGAUGAAAUCCUUACUUAGCCGCGCCAUUUACCACACAGGGCAGCGAUCCUUAAAACGCUUAGUAAAUUCAAAAGCGGGUAAUAUAAAUGAAAAUAAAACCCCGUUGCGCCGACUUUUACAAGAUGCUAGUGCAUUCGCUGAAGUCGGUGCGGUUACGCCCGCAGAAGGAGAGUUAGAAUGGGCCACCCAGCCGUACACAAUAAAUUCCAAGAAAGAGACAACUUCAUACAUUGAUCCAAAAGAUACGACCGUACUAUUGUUUCCAGGACAAGGUUCACAGCAUGUAGGAAUGGGCCGACGAUUACUGGAAGUUCCAGCUGCUAAGGACCUAUAUGAACUUGCUGCUAGCAUUGUUGGCUGGGACGUAGGGCGCGUGUGCCGCGAGGGCCCCGAAGACGAGCUCCAGCGUCGCUGCCAGACAGCCGUCAUGGUGACGUCGCUGGGCGCACUAGAGCUGGCGCGAGAGACGCGACCCGGCGCAGUGGAGCGUGUGCGCGCCGUGGCCGGCUUCUCGCUGGGCGAGAUCUCGGCGCUCGUGUUCGCGGGCUCGUUGCCCUUCGAGCAGGCGCUGCGCCUGGUGGAGCUGCGCGCGGCGGCCAUGGAGGCGGCGGCGCGCGAGCGCAGCGGCGGCAUGCUGACGGUGUGGCUGACGCCGGACGCCACGCUGGCGCGCCUACUGGCCGCCGCCCGCCAGCACGCCGUCUCGUCCGACCUGCCCGACCCAGUCUGCCAGAUCGCCAACUACCUAUUCCCGGGGUGUAAAGUUCUCGCCGGAGACGAGGCGGCGCUGCGGUUCGUGGAGAAGGAGGGGCGCGCGUUCGGCGUGCGGCGCAGCGCGCGCGUGCGCGUGGCGGGCGCCUUCCACACCGCGCUCAUGGCGCGCGCCGAGCUGGCCGUGCGCGACGCGCUGCGCCUGUGCGACGUGAGCGCGCCGCGCGUGCGCGUGGUGUCGUGCGUGGACGCGCGCGCGUGCGGCGACGCGGCGGCCGUGCGGCGGCGCGUGGCGCGGCUGACGGCGGCGCCGGUGCGCUGGGAGCAGACGCUGCACGCGCUGUACGCGCGGCCGCGCGACGCCGCGCAGCCGCUCACGCUGGCGCUCGGCCCGGGCGGCGCGCUGCGCUCCACGCUCAAGCUGGUCAACGCGCGCGCCUGGGACUGCUCGCUGCAGGUCGACGUCUGACGUCUCUUGAAAUGAUUCUCGUGUAAAUAUUAGCUUAGGUUUUGUAGAGCUGUAUUAAACUGUGUUUUCGAGUA